ACCCUUCCCCUCCAGGUGAGAAGACAAUUCAACAUAGGAAAUAGAAACUGAGAAAAAUGCCGCUUUAUGAUUGUAUGCUGUUGUUGAAGCCCCAUGUUAAGAAGGAGGCUCUGAUGGAGUUGGUUGCUCGGGUUGGAGGACAUGUUCACAGAAGUAAUGGUGUUCUUUCCGAUAUAAAAUCUUUUGGUACUGUUCAGUUGGGUUAUGGUAUUAGAAAACUUGAUGGGAGACAUUACCAGGGUCAGCUGAUGCAGAUGACAAUGAUGGUUACGCCAAACUUCAACAAGGAGCUACAGUACCUGAAUAAGGAGGACCGGCUACUACGAUGGCUUCUAGUCAAGCACAGGGACAUAAAAUAUGGGCUGGAAUUUGUGGUUGAGAAUGAUAGAAAGGGCGAGCUGAACAAGUUUCCCAAGAGCAGAAUAUAUGAUGAUGAAGACAUUGAUGAUGAUGACGAUGAUGAUGAUGAUGAUGAUGAGGAAUAUGAGGAGCAUGAAGAGGAGGCCAAGGAAAACUGAACUGUGAAUUGAAACUAUUUGAUUUUGAUCUUGCUUAGAUUCUUAAUGAUUUUAUCUGUUUCAAAGUUCCUUCAAUGUCUUUUUGAGUUCUGAAUCUUCUUUAGCUUUGAAGUUGUGUUUGCUUGUUCUUGGUUGUGUUGUAAAUGCAUGAUUAGCGUAAUCUGUAUGGGUUUGACAGGGUUAAUUUUGUUAAUCUUUGAAAGCUUGGAUUUU